AUGUAUGUAGACGAUGUUUUAGCUGGAACACAUGACCUGACCACGGCAAAGUCAGCACGAGAUGAACUCAUUUCCGCUCUGAAGCCCCCGGGAUGCGCUCUGCGAAAAUGGACCUCAAACGACCCACACAUUCUGAACGGACUUCCACAGGAUCAUCUUUUACAGACGGAAAUACUCAACCUUUCGGGACCCGAGAACACCAAAACCCUGGGCAUUGGAUGGAACUCCAAAAAGGAUUCAUUUUUCGUCCUCGUUAGCACAAUGGAGAAAAAACCCGCACACACCAAACGUGAAGUUUUAUCAGCUAUAGCAAAAUUGUUUGACCCAGCUGGUUGGCUUAGUCCAAUAAUAAUUACGGCAAAAAUAAUUAUGCAACAAAUAUGGCUUGAUAAAACUGACUGGGAUGAAAGCCUGAAACCCCUCACACUUCUUCGAUGGAACAGUUUCGUGAAGGAUUACGAAAACAUAAACAAAAUUGAAAUACCCAGAUGGACCCAUUUCAACCCAACAGCCACCAUCGAAUUCCACGGUUUCUCUGAUGCUUCAGAAAAAGCAUAUGCCGCGACACUUUAUAUAAGGAUUUUAGUUGGGCACAAAAUAUGGACAACUCUCUUAGUGUCAAAAACAAGAGUUGCUCCCAUUAAAACCGUAUCCCUACCCAGAUUAGAACUCUGUGGAGCCGUUCUACUAGCUAACCUAGUUAACUCUACCCUAUCCCAACUACACCUAACCCAAUAUAAAAAUUAUUUUUGGACUGACUCAACCAUAGUUCUCGCUUGGUUAAACAAACCACCCUGCUCAUGGAGCACUUUCGUUUCUCAUAGAGUAGCUGCAAUCAACGAGAAAGUGGGAGUCGAUAAUUUUAACCAUGUGGAAAGCCAAGACAAUCCCGCAGACUUGGCAAGCCGAGGUUGUACACCCACCGAUCUAUUGAAUUGCAACCUCUGGUGGCAUGGACCCCAAUGGCUACAACAUGAAAAGGAGCAUUACAGCACAUAUUUACAACACCACCGUGGAAUUCAAACCCGUUAA